GACCUAAAACGUCACUUCCUGCAUUUCACUCAUUCUCCGAACAUCGUUUGAAACGUGAUUCAGACGUUUUUGUUUGACAAAACUAGCACAUCUUACUGAAUAAACAUGAGUAAAGCACAUCCACCCGAGCUGAAAAAGUUUAUGGACAAGAAGCUUUCAUUAAAGCUCAACGGUGGCCGUCAUGUUCAGGGCAUCUUGCGUGGCUUUGAUCCCUUCAUGAAUCUGGUCGUUGAUGACACUAUAGAAAUGGCUCCAGGAGGACAAAUGAACACCAUCGGGAUGGUGGUAAUCAGAGGAAACAGUAUCAUCAUGCUGGAGGCUCUAGAACGAGUAUGAGAUAAACAGCCAUUUUUUUCCUCUCCUUUUUUUCCCCUCACAGCCAGCAAAUGUAAGAAUGGGUUUCUCAUGUCUGUUUACAACAAAGACUCAAUGAUAAGCAGAAACCCUUGAUUUUGUCCACAAAUGUUUAGUUUGUAAACAACCUUUUUGUGUUUUUAUAUAUUUUUCCUUGUAUUUGUGUACACAAUUCAUAAAACAUUUUUGUGAAUACAUGGACAGUGUGACUCUCCAA